AAGUCUUGCAUUCAUAUGAACAACGAUGAUUUACGACGGCUGAAAAUAAUGAACGCAAAAGGUGUUAAUAAGGAUCACGCUGACGAUAGGUGACUCUAUUGCUUACCAGGUCAAUCUGGUAAGGAAGUUCAGUGUCAGCUCCCGGACGGAACCAUCUCGCGUGACCAUAUUUCACCCGGACUUGUUCCGGUUUCCGCCAAGAUGGCGACUUACGCUCGUACCGUAUGGAAAGUUGUCGCAGGAUGUCAACGGCAGCUCCGAAGCGGUGGUGUUUCCUCCUUGCCUGCUUUUCCUUCCAACAAUGUUCCCGUGAGAACUUUUGCUGCCCUCAAGACGUUGAAGAAGGGAAAGAAGGCAGAGGCGGCUGCGCCGGAGGUGAAGAAAGAAAAGAGGGUGGUGAAUGACUCGGAGCGACACAAGCCCUUCGGGAAGACGGCGUGGGCGCCCGUGGAUGACGUCUACGUGCCGAGGCACUACCCCAGGACCGUCUAUAGCGCCGUUGACGCCGUAGAACUGCUCAAGAGUUUUCAGGCUUUGGACUUCACGCCGCAUGACCAGCCUGUAUAUGUGGACCUCAAGCUGGACAUGAAACUGGAGAAGAAGAAAAAGAUCGAGCCGUUUGUGGGCAUGUUGCAUCUUCCGCAUCCUUUCAAGACCGAUGUGAACAAAGUUUUGGUUUUUACCGAGGACGCGAACCAAGCGAGAGUAGCUCAGGAGUGCGGAGCUGCGUUUGUCGGAGGCGCGGAGCUCAUUCAGCAGAUAUUAGACGACGAGGUUGAGGCCGACUUCUACGUUGCUGUGCCAGAAAUGCUGCCGAAACUGACGCCGCUUAAAAACAAACUACGGAAGAAGUUUCCGAAGAGCAAGAGGGGCUCAAUCGGCAUCAACAUCCCCAAAAUGCUGUCGCUGUUCCGCACGGGCCACGAGUACGGGGUGGAGAGCGAGUGCUACGUCCGGACGCAGGUGGCCACGCUGGACUUUCCCACUCAACACAUCCUGGCCAACCUGCAAAUCAUCCUGACCGACGUGCGCUCGCAUCGACCCGCCGACAUGGGGCCUUUGAUCGAGCGCGCCAUCUUGUCCAGUCGCACCAGUGAAGCUCUGUGGUUCAACAGUGAAAGCCUUCUACCGCAAACACCCGAAGACGAGCAACAGCAAUAACGCCCUCCCGUGUAUAUCUCGUGCUCAUGGUUAUUUGUAUUAUUCUAAACAAUAAAUGUGAUUAUGUCA